UACAAUGUAUUUCAUUAUUUAUAAUAUACUAUUACCAUUGGCUUUGUUAAGCUUCGCAAAAGCGUCGCUCCAGCUAGAAUGGCCAUCACCAAUUUCCACACAGUCGCCAGCAUUUCCAGAGCUGAUAGACGCUACAUUGACUGAUCUAUCACGCGGCAUGCAAAAGCAGCUCUUCAAUAGUGUUGAUUUAACCAAGGUACGAUACGAAUACUCUUGUUCUAUUCCUAAAGCUAACACUGUAACUAGGCAUAUAUUACUCGAAUAGAAGAAGUCAACGCGGACCUAAAUGUCGUUACAGAAGUAAAUCCCGAUGCUUUAGAAAUUGCGGCUGCUUUGGAUAAUGAGCGUGGGCACGGGCAUAUUCGCGGUCCGUUACACGGGAUUCCAAUUCUCAUUAAGGAUAACAUUGGUACCAAGGACAAAAUGAACAACACCGCUGGCUCCAUAUUGCUUCGUGGCGCACAGGUUCCUCGAGAUGCUACAGCCGUAGCAAAGUUACGCGAUGCCGGUGCCAUUAUCCUCGGUAAAACAAAUAUGGGAGAGUGGGCAGAAGGUCGCUCAUCAAACGCAACAAGUGGAUGGUCCUCGCAUGGUGGCCAAACGUACGCCGCCUAUUGCCAAAAACAGAGUCCUGGAGGAAGCUCCAGUGGAAGCGGCGUAGCAGUUGACCUUGGGCUCUCUUUUGCAGCCUUGGGAACUGAGACGGCCGGCUCUAUCAUAUUUCCUUCUCACAAGAACGGUAUUGUGGGAAUCAAACCGACGGUUGGACUUACAUCACGACACAUGGUAGUACCUCUAAACGAAUACCAAGAUACAGUUGGACCCAUGACAAGAACCGUACAAGACGCUGCUAUAAUUCUGCAGAUUAUUGCCGGCCACGACACACGCGAUAACUAUACAUCUGCCAUUCCCGAAAUCCCCGAUUACCUUGCGGCUUGCAAGAAAGGCGCACUUCGCGGUGCCCGAAUCGGUGUCCCGUGGAAUGUAUUGGUUGACAACCAGCGUCCGUUAGAUGAGGAAAUGGACAUGUUCAGGCUUGCAUUAAAAGACAUGGAGAAUGAGGGCGCUACUAUUGUCGAUGCAAACUUCACCUCCGGAUUGGACGUCUUCAACGCUGAUGCCCUCCGCGUUGCUAUCCUAGCAAGCAUCAACACCGGCCUGAGUCGAUACUUGGCUGAGCUCACGCACAAUCCAAAUGGUAUCAAGACCCUUGAAGACAUCUCGCAACAGACUAAGCAGCAUCCCAUGACCCGCUACCCUCGCCACAAUACCCUCAUCUUUGAUAUCGCUUCGGAGCAGGGUAUUAACACGACUCACAGCGCCUUCUGGCCAGCGAGACAGGAGGUUUUGCGUCUAGCCGGUGAAGAGGGCCUCUUCGGUGCCUUGGAUAGAUUCAAUCUCGAUGCAGUGGUCUUACCGUCUGCUGUUUCUUCGUCCUUCCCGGCCUAUCUUGGCUCGCCUGUCAUCAGCGUGCCAAUGGGUCACUAUCACGAAUCAACGCCGGAAGCAUGGGACAUGUCAGGUGAGCUUGUGCUCUACGGUCCUAACGUUCCUGUAGGUCUCAGCUUCCUAGGGCGAAAAUGGGAUGAGUCCAAAUUGAUUGGUCUCGCCUACUCGUAUGAACAGAAAACGAAGGUCCGGGAUAGUAAAGUUCCGCGGGUAAUCCAGCCGAAGUCGGAGGUUCACAUCUCUCGCCAAUUCUUGGCUAAGCCAGAGUGA